AAUCCACUACGAACGCAGGUUCUCUACUUUUGCUAUUCGAAUUCGCUUCAAUUGUCUUUGUAUCUGUUCUAUUUUAAAAGACCGCCAAGAAGAAGAAGAAGAAAGGCAUUUAGCUCCACACCCCUCCCCAAAGACUAAAGCGGACGGCUAAUUAGCAAGGUCUCUAUUUCUGCUUGGAGACGCCUCGCCGUUUCUUGUACAAAAAAAAAAAAAAGAAGUGAGCUGCCGCUGUGCUCUUUCACUAACAGUCGAAGUGAAGGCGAAGAUUGCGUUCAAGCAGCUGGAGGAAAAUGUUCUCAAUGGGACCGUCAAACGUACUCUUCAUUUCUUUCUGUGGGAUUCUUAUCCAACAUGUGAGUGCACAACCCUCAUUGGAAACUUGCUGUGCCAGUGGACUGGAAUGGGCUAAUCAGAAACAAGACUGUGCUGCUCUGCCUGUCAUAUCUGACCUCCAAUUGUGUAGAAUAAUGCAGGAGCAAUGCUGUGUGGACAAGAUAGACUAUAAUUCCUGUAUGACUGGUGUCAAUCUAGCCAAACAACAAGGAGUAUGUGGGACUGUCUACAGUGACUCAACAACCUGUGAAGCCAAAACCAUCAAGAGAUGUUGUAACUGUUGUCACAUGGGAAAGGUUGCUCAGCAGCAAGGUAUGAGCUGUGAACAGAACCUUCAGUUUGGGUACCAGUGUAGCUUGGUGUUUAGAGCCUGCUGUGUUGAUGCCCUUGAGAACAACCCUUCACUGCCUGGACAGAAUGAUACUAUAGGCAGCAACAGACAACUUUCCCCUGAAACAGAAACAGAAGACCAUUAUCUCAAUGAUCAGUGCAGGGGAGCGGGACAAUGUUCACAACGAUGCUUGAUUACAGAAUCUGGAGCAUCCUGCUCUUGUUUUGAAGGAUACAAACUCAAACCAGAUGGGCGCAGUUGUGAAGACAUAAAUGAAUGCUUAUUGGGUUCCCAUCAUUGCCUGCCUGGUGAGGGCUGCAUCAAUACACUUGGAUCCUAUCGCUGUCAGCGGGUAGUUAGCUGUGGAACAGGGUAUGAACUAACUGACAGCAAUAAAUGCCAAGACAUCGAUGAAUGUGAGAUAGGAACUCACAACUGUGCACCAGACUUUGUGUGUCAGAAUACACAAGGUUCUUUUCGUUGUCGGCCAAAGACGCAAUGUGGAAAUGGUUUCAUUCAAGAUGCAUUAGGAAACUGCAUUGAUAUCAAUGAGUGUGUUGGCUCCAGUAACCCUUGUCCUGCUGGGCAGAGUUGCCUUAACACAGUUGGUUCCUUCUCAUGCCAUCGUAAUGCACUCAACUGUGGCAGAGGCUAUCAUCUCAAAGAGGAUGGGACUCGCUGUGUGGAUAUUGAUGAGUGUUCAGACCUAACACAGCCUUGUGGGGAAGGCCACAUUUGUAUUAAUUCUCCAGGGACAUAUCGCUGUGAGUGCAGUGUUGGCUAUUAUUUUGAUAGCAUCAGCCGAACUUGCCUUGAUAUAAAUGAAUGCAGACGCUACCCUGGACGACUCUGUGCUCAUAAAUGUGAAAACUUACCAGGAUCUUACUAUUGUAGUUGUACUAUUGGCUUCAAACUUAGCACAGAUAAAAGAAAUUGUGAAGAUGUGAAUGAAUGUGAUACCAAUCCCUGUAGCCAGGAAUGUGCUAAUGUUUAUGGCUCAUACCAGUGUUACUGUCGCCGUGGAUACCAGUUGAGUGAUGUGGAUGGAAUUACUUGUGAAGACAUUGAUGAAUGUGCUCUUCCAAAUGGUGGUCAUAUCUGUACUUAUCGCUGCAUCAAUGUUCCUGGCAGUUUCCAGUGCACAUGCCCACCAACAGGAUAUACUCUUGCUUCAGGUGGACGUAGCUGUCAAGAUAUUGAUGAAUGUGUGACUGGAACUCACAACUGCACUGCUGAGGAAACAUGUUUCAACAUCCAGGGUUCAUUUAAGUGCUUGCAGUUUGAGUGUCCCAAAAACUACCGUCAAUCAGGAAGAGAACUGCAACAUGGAAAGGUUGAAUCGAUUCGUUGCAUCAAGUCAUGCCAGCCUCAUGAUAUCGGCUGUAUUAUGAAUAAUGUCCACACAAUCUCUUACACGGUCAUCUCCCUACCAACAUACAGAGACUUCUUCAGACCUGAAGAGAUCAUAUUUCUUAGGUUAUCACCCAGUCACCUGCCCAUGCCAUCAGAGAUUGUGUUUAAUAUUGUGGAAGGAGACGAAGGCAACUUUUUUGAUGUCAUCAAGCGAGUGGAAAACAACAUCAUAAUGGGUGUUGUUCGCCAGGUGAAGCAGAUAGUUGGACCAGCUGAAAUUGUUUUGAAACUUGCUACAAAUUUUAUUGACAGAGGAAUCGUCUCUCAUCGCAACAUCGUCAACGUUCACAUCUUUGUUUCAGAGCACUGGUUUUAAUAAGAAAAAAAUAGAAUUAUGAAAUUAUUUACUGCAACUUUACAGUUACAGGAAAAUAAACAUGUAAUUAACAGACUAACUUAAGGUUAGCUUGCAGCAUUUUAUUGAACAUAAUCAUACCCUUGGAUCACGUAUGGUAAAUGAGAUAUUGUAAUGUGGAGAAGAAAAUUGUGAAAUUGCCAAUACUUCAAAAUCCGUUUUAGAUCUAGAGCUGCAGAAAAUGUCUAAAAUUUACAAGGUGGGCUCUGGCUUUGUUUUUCAUAGGGUAAUUAUUUUUCUCUCUAAAACUCUCACAUGCAGUCUAUUAACAAUCAGUUGAACAUGCCUACUGUGACCUAUCUGACAAAGACAACUUUGAAAACUUCAUAAAUAUGUACUAAAAUGGCAACAUACAUAUAUGGCAGGUGCCAACCUACGAAACCUUUGAAUAACUAGCAAAUGUUCUAACCAUUCCAGUCUCCUCUAGUUUCUUUUCCCAAAAUCAUAUACAAUAUAAAAUGUGCUUUUUUAUACUAAAUAUUUACAGAUUUAACAUUUCUAAAAAUGAAAA